GCACAUCUUGCCGCUCUGCUGGCGCAGCUCGGAACCCCGCGUGUCUUCCCUGGUCUUUAGAGCCCAGAGACUGCGUUUUAAUAAAUCCGCGCGUUGGCACUGCGCUCUACGAGCCCCGGGGUUCAGAGAAGCAGACACACAAACGCAGGCAGGAAGCGCCCCUUUAAUCUCUGCCAAGAGCUGACGUUUCACAAACGGGAGAUUCUGGAAUUGCAGUUCUAAAACCAUCAAAUUACCAAGCUUUUUCCUUCCUUUAAAAAAAAAUACUAUUCGGUUUUUUUUUUAAGUAUCCGUGCCCCUCCCCCUUUAAUUAUGAAAGUGGCCACUCCGUUCAAGACUAAGACUUGGAGGGACUUUGGAAAAGAAAAGGAAUCUGGAAGAAGAAACUCAGCUGGUGCUUCCGAGGGCGCCUAGUUUUAAGAAGGCACCUAGGAAGACUGCGUCGGGCGUCUAGAAAAACUUCGCGGACCUAGGUGCUCGCCCAUCAUGGAUGUUCCAGGUCCUCUCGUGCCUUCCUUCUGAGAAUUAUUUGGCCUUGAUCAUCUGAGCCUGGGACCCAUCCCAGAGAAGGCUACUGCUCCAGACCUGAGAGUUCCUGUGCGCACCCGGGCAUCCCUUCGGCUCCUGCUGGCCUUGGCGUCCUCGGGGCGACCCAGCCCAGAUGCCCGCGCCUGACCGGGGUCCCCGAGGGCCACCGGUGAGCAUGCCCGGGCGCCGGGGGGCGCUGCGCGAGCCGGCCAACUUUGGCUUCAGCUUGGGGGCGGCGCUGGCCCUGUUGUUGCUGCUGCUACCCGCCUGCUGCCCGGUGACGGCUCAGAAUGACACGGAGCCCAUCGUGCUAGAGGGCAAGUGCCUGGUGGUGUGCGACUCCAGCCCAUCGGGGGACGGCGCUGUCACCUCUUCCCUGGGCAUUUCUGUGCGCUCAGGCAGUGCCAAGGUGGCCUUCUCCGCUACUAGGAGCACCAACCAUGAGCCGUCAGAGAUGAGCAACCGUACCAUGACCAUCUACUUCGACCAGGUUUUGGUGAACAUCGGCAACCACUUUGACCUUGCCUCCAGUAUAUUUGUAGCACCACGAAAGGGGAUCUAUAGCUUCAGCUUCCAUGUGGUCAAAGUGUACAACAGGCAAACAAUCCAGGUCAGUUUAAUGCAGAAUGGCUACCCGGUGAUCUCUGCGUUCGCAGGAGACCAGGAUGUUACCAGGGAAGCAGCCAGCAAUGGUGUUCUGUUGCUUAUGGAAAGAGAAGACAAAGUUCAUCUCAAACUGGAGAGGGGGAACCUCAUGGGAGGUUGGAAGUACUCCACAUUCUCGGGCUUCUUGGUCUUUCCUCUAUAGACAUGGAGCCAGCCUGACAGUGGGAAGGUUUUGACCAGAACCCAGGGAUCUGCCCUCUGUAACACCUUGAACUUGUCUGAAUAGAAUGCCUUGGGCUGACCUCCAUCAGAUUGUUGCCGUAGAAGAAUGAUUUCUUCUAAAGCUCCAAUAUGUUCUUUGACUAUUGACAAUUCCUCGGGAACCUGGCCUCUAAUUAGUUUUAGACGACAAGUUCUUAAGGAGAAAUGAAAUUAUCGAUUUGAGCAAUUUGUACCUGUGAUUGUAAAGUGGAUAUCGGAUUUUAUUGUUGGAACCAUUGACUUACGUUCUAUUGUUUGUACAUUGUAUCCUUGUCCUGAUGACAUAGAUGCUGCUGACCCUCUGUGGAUUGCACGCUGCAGUCAGGGCUUAAAACAAGAGCCCAGCAAAGAACAACCUACCAGACAGUCCUUGACCUGUGUUCUCUCUGUGUGUGUAUAGCCUUAAGAAAAAGAACAGCUUCAUUUUCAUCCUGUAGCUUACCCCUGGGGUCUUGGGAGGAAUGGGAGGGAGCUGAACACCUUGGGGACCUGUCAAAAAGUGCUUUAUCCUGAGAAGCAAAUUUUGCACGACUGGACUGCAAUUUUUGUUUUGUAUUGUCCAUGGUUUUCUUUCUUUUUGUUCCCCUUCUGGGUGCUUUCUUUUCCUUCCUCAGGUUUCACUCCUCAAACCUACUUAGUUUUCAUUCUGGAGUCCUGGAGAGAGAGAAAAAACAAAAACAAAAACUUAUGUUCAGAACAAAACAAAAUCUGCAUACUUUCUUUUGAAUAAGAGCAAACUAGGAAAAAAAAAGAUGAAGUCCUUCUUUCACAGUAAGGACAGCAAGUAGACCAUCAUGUAUAUUCUUCCCUAAAGUCUCUCUCAAAUGCAUCUUCAAGCUUGCAACCUGGAUUUUAUUUCUUUUUUUUUUUAAUUUAUACUCUGGGAUCCUUUAAGAGCUUGGCAUUCCUCAUUGGCCACAAAUCCCUUUAAAAGUGGAGCUGAGGUGGACAAAUCCUCUCAUUGCUUUUCCUCUUGAUGUAUCUCAGUGGUGAGUUAGAGCUGCCUCUGAUUGACCACACAAUGACCAGAUGCCUCAGAGAAACAGGACCAGCACCUCCUCAGAUCCUCCUUUGAUCUGUCAAGGAGAGCGAUGGGAUAUGUUGACACGCUGUGGAUGAACACCUGGCAAGAAGUCACCUGGACUGGAAGUCACGGCAGUUCAAGGUACUGGCUGCUGUACCCCUUCAGUGGUUUUUCAAACCCUGCUUGUUUUGGCAUCUUGUACAACAAACAAUAUCCAGUUGCAGCUGAGACAACUGGUGCAGUGUGUGUGCACCAAGGAAAUGUCACUAAUCCCAAAGUAAUCAAAGAUGAGACCUCAAACUGGAUGUCAAUUUGUCUUUGUGUAACAAUGUAACCAAAAUAUUGAUGAUAAAACUCAUAAUUUAAGAUUCAGAAUAAACGGGUUUGAUGUCUA